AUGUCGUUGAACCUCUUUUCUUCCUCGGUGUUGCGCAAUGUCGCCACUACCGCCAAUGUUGGCCUUUCGAUUAGUCGCUCAAGCUCGACCGCUGCCAUGAGCGCCUUCACUUCUCAACGCAACACAGGCUCGCAGGGCUCCAAUGUGCUCCAGCGCCGCCGGUUACCCAGCCGUCUGAAGUACCUCGAGGACCAGAAGGUGCAGGGUGAGAGCCGCGCUCUUGAACGAUUCCAGUCCCGCGAAUUCCAGGCCGGAGAUGUUUACGCUCCCCAUGAUCUGAGUCCAGCAGAGAUGAAGAAAUGGGGAAGGCGCAAGAGCCCUCGCACAGACGCCUUCGACGCAUUGAACUUGAACCCUCUCGACAUGUACAAGAACUUCGCCGUUAUGUCCGAAUAUAUGACCUCCAUGGGCCGCAUCAAGCCCCGAUCCCAAACCGGCCUGCGACCUGUAAACCAGCGCAAGUUGGCCAAGGCAUUGCGACGAGCCAUUGGCAUGGGUCUCAUGCCCAGCGUUCACCGACACCCUGAGAUCAUUGCAUCUGAGAUGCGGGCACAGUCCAUUUGGGCUGCGAGCCCCUCCACCACCCGCGGCCAACCUACGCAGCUUUCCUCCGAUGCCAAAGGCGAGCGAUUGGCAUAUGCAUCCAACAAAUCGAUCUUCCUUCGUUCAAUUGACGACCCCGCUGUUGCGAGACAGUACACUGAGCACAAGGCCCAGACAACAGUCGCACGGUUCGCCCCAUCUGGAUUCUACGUUGCCAGUGGUGAUGCUGCGGGAAUUGUUCGAGUGUGGGACUGUGUCGGUGAAGGAAUCACCAAGGGCGAAUACAGCAUUGUCAAUGGACGGAUUAACGAUUUAGCCUGGGACGGGGACUCUCAGCGCAUCAUUGCUGUCGGUGAUGGCAAGCAGCGAUAUGGACACUGCAUCACCUGGGACAGUGGAAAUACCGUUGGUGAGAUUCACGGCCACACGCAACAACUCAACACUGUGUCAAUCAGGCAGCAGAGGCCUCUGCGUGCUGCCACUGCUGGCGAUGACCGAAAGACCGUCUUCUACCAUGGAGCGCCGUUCAAGUUCAAUAUGGGGAUUGCGGACAAGCACUCCAACUACAUCUACGGAGUUCAAUUUAGUCCGGAUGGCUCGCACUUGGUCAGCGUCGGCGCAGACCGCAAGAUCUGGCUCUACGACGGCAAGACUGGUGAGACCAAGGGUCAGAUUGGUGAAGGCGAACACAACGGCAGUAUCUUCGGUGUUUCUUGGGCCAAGGACUCUCGAAAGUUCGUGACCGCAAGUGCCGAUCGUACCGUUAAGAUUUGGGAUGUCGAGGCUGGCAAGGCAACCCAAACCUGGACUCUGGGAGAGGAGGGUGCUAUGGCUGUUCGCGAUCACCAGGUUGGCGUUGUAUGGCCCCCUGGAAGAAGCGACGAUUUGCUCAUCAGUUUGUCGCUCAGUGGUGACCUCAACUAUCUGGUUGAAGGCACUCCCAAGCCCCGCCAGGUUGUCUCUGGCCACCAGAAAAGUAUAACCUCCUUGAACCAGACUACCGUGGACAACAAGGAGACCCUAUGGACAGGUAGCUUCGAUGGAAGAGUGUGCAAUUGGGAUGUUGCCACCGGCACCGCGGAGGAGAUUGAGGGAGAAGGCCACCCCGGUUACGUUGCCGGGCUUGCGACGACAUCGGAGGGGUCAGGUAGAAUUUAUAGUGUCGGCUGGGACGACACCGUUCGUUCCAUCGAUGCUUCCGCCAAGACCUACACCGGUAGCGCUUCAAAGCUGAACGGACAGCCCAAGGGCAUUGCAGCUGGUGAUGUGACCGUCCUGGUCGGUGAGAGUGAGGCUGUCGAGAUUUACCAGGAUGGCAAGAAGACUGGAGAGUACAAGACCGACUUCGCAGCUACCACUGUCGCGGCGCACGGCUCCAUGGCAGCAGUCGGCGGCGAGAAUGGAUCAGUUCAGAUUUGCGCCAUCUCCAGCUCGCGACUUUCUCCCCGAGCCGACAUCAGUGCUUCUCGCAACCCGAUUUCUUCCCUUGCCUUCUCCCCAGAUGCUUCUCACCUCGCAGUCGGUGACCUGCGGGGACGUGUUCUGGUUUUCAAGGUUUCAGAUGGCAGUCUGGUUACUGACCGCUGGACAGCACACACCGCACGAAUCACAUCCCUUGCCUGGAAUCCUACGGGAUCACACGUUGUGAGUGGAUCGCUAGACACAAACAUCUUUGUUUGGAGCUUGGCCAAGCCUGGAGACUGGGUUGAGCUGCAGAAUGCUCACAAGGAAGGUGUCCAUGGAGUCGCUUGGGUCGACGGAGGCGUGAAGAUCGUCUCCGUUGGGGCUGACGCUGCGGUGAAGAAGUGGAAAGUGGACGGUCUCCAAUAG